UGGGGUAAAGAGAAAUUUGUUUGGGGUAGGAAAUUUUUUUGUUUCUCAAAAACUAAGUUUGUCUAAGCCCAAAUCUCCAGCCCAUUUAUACAAAACCUCAACCUUAGGUAUAUAAGCAAACCUUAUCUUUUGUCACUAGAAACUAACCCUAAUCUGAAUAACAGAAGAAGUGAAACGGCGCAUCAGUUUCCUUUUACCUGGACGAACAAGAACAACAACCAAGUUACACCUUCAUCCAUCGACCUCGAAACCUUCAAUACGCACACGAAAUCUAACUAAAUAGUUCACUCUGUCUCUCUAUCUCUAUUAAUAAACAAAAAGCCACAAAAAAGAAAAACUGAGGGGUUUGGGUAGUAUAUAUGCCAGAGGCUCGAUCAUCAGCCCCGUUGUAAACAAACAACAAACUGAGAACUCCUUCACACAACCUGCGAUCUACCGUUGUUCGACAUCAAUUUGUUGUUCAUUUCAAAUUUUUCAUAUGAUUUCUCAAAUAUGAUCUACGGUGUCUCAUUCAUUAAUCUCUUGCUUGAGCACUAAAAUAUUCUGUCUUACCCGAUCAAUUCUGACGCCAGAACUAUCUGUCAACCGACAAAACCGUGCCAAUAAACAAGAUCUAAGAAGGUGAGAGUCAUAUUUUUUGGUCAUAGUCAUGUUUUUCAUGUUUCGGUCGUAGUUUUUUGUCGUAAGUUUCCGCCGGAUCAGAGUCAUAUUUUUUGGUAUAGUCAUAUUUGGUCAUAAGAUUCCACCGGAUCUGAGUCAUGUUGUUUAAAACUGUGGAGAAGGUGAGUCAUAUUUUGUUUCUUCAUAAUUGUAAACUGUGGAGAAGGUGAGUCAUAUUUUUUGGUCAUAAUCAUAUUUUUUGGUCAUAAGUUUCCACCGGAUCUGGGUUUUAUGGUCCAAGCCCAUCCGACGCCCAUCCUCUAUUUAUAAUAAUAGAAGGCAUGAGUAUUCCAUGCGAUACAUGGAUGUUCCUCUCAUAUAAAUAAAAAGAUGCCGUCUUCCUCUCGUAUAAAUAAAAAGAGAAGGAUGAACAAGUCAUCUUCUCUGCAGUCAAUUUCUACACUAGAUAGAAUUAGCGACUUGCCGGAUCCAAUUCUGUGUAAUAUACUUCAUUCGUUUCCAACCAAAUUUGCUGCAACCACAAGUGUCCUAUCAAAGAGAUGGAGAUACUUGUGGCUCUCUGUUCUUGCUCUCGACUUUGAUUCCAACGACUUCAAUAGUUGUAAUCGCCUCCUUCACAGUGUAAUGUACUCAAUAAUGGACAACCGGCGAGCCAUUACACUACCCGUCCAUUCUUUUUCCUUCAAAGAUCCUUCUACAGAUGAUUAUUCCAAUUACCAACCUGUUAUCGAUAAAAUUGUUGACUAUGUAUCGCAAAGAGGAAUACAAAACUUGGUCCUCGACGGUUGUCUUCAUCUUCGCUGUUCGAUGAAACUACCUGUUAAGCUUUUUAGUUGUAGAACAUUAAAGGUUCUUAAGUUGAACAACUAUUCGGGGACCCUUAUUUCUGAUAAGGUUGAUUUAGAUUUACCUAGUCUUAAAACUCUCCAUUUGAGUAAGGUUAGUUUUUUCUAUGAUAAUCUAAUAAAGUUUUUGUUAAGUUGUCCUGUAUUGGAGGAUUUGGAAUUAAUGAAAGGUUUCCCAAAGCCCUACCGUUGUAAAGAUGGUUCGAGCAGGAAAGAUGGUUCGAGGAUGAACUUUGCAGCUUUACCUAAUUUGAUCAAAGCAAGGAUCCCAUCUAAAUCUUUUGUUCCAUUUAGUAUUGUUUGUAAAGCACGGAUCCUCUAUGUAGGCAAAGCGCUCAAGUAUACAUGUUGGACUCAAUUGCCUGAGUUUCCAAAUCUGACUCACUUGGAGCUUCACUUUGGAUCUGUAUUUGUGUGCCCGAGGUGGAAGUGGGUGCAUGCAAUGCUUGAACUUUCUCCCAAACUACAAAGUCUUAUCAUUCGGGAUGAUAUUGAUGCUUCUCAAAGGUAUACAGACAAGUUUUGGAAAAUUCCAUCAAUUGUUCCAGAGUGUCUUUUGUCACAAUUGAAAACAUGCUGCAUUAGAGGUUUCAGAGGCAUCAACUAUUUUCUUAUCAAAUUUGUGAAAUACAUUAUAGAGAACUCAAAAGUACUAGAUACUAUGGAAAUCCAUACAAAAUUUCGCGAUUUAGAGGCAAAGCAAGGAUUGUUAAAGAAAUUAUCUUCCUGCGAAAGAGGCUCUGCAACAUGUAAACUUAAACUUUUGCUUUGAAAGGCUUUGUAUCAUUUUGUUCUCUUAUAUCAUGAAUUUAUUCUAGAUCCUCUUAAUUCUGUUUUUUACUAUUUUCUUAUUGAGUAUUGUUUUGAAAUUGAAAUUGAGUUACCGUUUAUCAUUUUCCAGCAGUUGUUUUACGGUCCUAUAAGUGUGUAAUAUAUGAAUUUGUGUUUCUCUUAUAUAUGAAUUUAUUCUAGAUCCUCUUAAUUCUAUUUUUUACUAUUUUCUUAUUGAGUAUUGUUUUGAAAUUGAAAUUGAGUUACCGUUUAUCAUUUUCCAGCAGUUGUUUUACAGUCCUAUAAGUGUGUAAUAUAUGAAUUUGUGUUUCUCUUAUAUAUGAAUUUAUUCUAGAUCCUCUUAAUUCUAUUUUUUACUAUUUUCUUAUUGAGUAUUGUUUUGAAAUUGAAAUUGAGUUACCGUUUAUCAUUUUCCAGCAGUUGUUUUACAGUCCUAUAAGUGUGUAAUAUAUGAAUUUGUGUUUCUCUUAUAUCAUGAAUUUAUUCUAGAUCCUCUUAAUUCUAUUUUUUACUAUUUUCUUAUUGAGUAUUGUUUUGAAAUUGAAAUUGAGUUACCGUUUAUCAUUUUCCAGCAGUUGUUUUGCAGUCCUAUAAGUGUGUAAUAUAUGAAUUUGUGUUUCUCUUAUAUCAUGAAUUUAUUCUAGAUCCUCUUAAUUCUAUUUUUUACUAUUUUCUUAUUGAGUAUUGUUUUGAAAUUGAAAUUGAGUUACCGUUUAUCAUUUUCCAGCAGUUGUUUUACAGUCCUAUAAGUGUGUAAUAUAUGAAUUUGUGUUUCUCUUAUAUCAUGAAUUUAUUCUAGAUCCUCUUAAUUCUAUUUUUUACUAUUUUCUUAUUGAGUAUUGUUUUGAAAUUGAAAUUGAGUUACCGUUUAUCAUUUUCCAGCAGUUGUUUUGCAGUCCUAUAAGUGUGUAAUAUAUGAAUUUGUGUUUCUCUUAUAUCAUGAAUUUAUUCUAGAUCCUCUUAAUUCUAUUUUUUACUAUUUUCUUAUUGAGUAUUGUUUUGAAAUUGAAAUUGAGUUACCGUUUAUCAUUUUCCAGCAGUUGUUUUACAGUCCUAUAAGUGUGUAAUAUAUGAAUUUGUGUUUCUCUUAUA